AUGCAUUCAGCAGAGAAUCGCUGUCUUACGGCCUGUUGCCGUAGACGGAAUGUGCGCGCUGGCCGCGACGAUGGCUGGCAUGGCUGCAAUGGAGGCAGUCGGCACGCUGUGAGGAACAAUCGCCGAGGCAUCCGGUGGCGUGAACGCGACGAAUGCUGGCUAUCGGCCUGCGAUCGUCAUCGCCGGGUGCUCAUUGCAAGGCAGCGCACGCACGGGCUCGUGAGCGACACCGCACUGACGGUGGCGACAGGAGAGAGGGAAGAGACGGCAAGAGCAACGGCAGGUACGGGGGACCCAAGCGAGAGCGGUCGAGGCGGGAUGCCGCGGUCAGUGGCCUUCGGGGGCUUCGGCGGGGGAGUGAUUGUUCCCGCCAUGGACGUGCGUCAGCGCGCAUCGCCCAAGAUUCCGCCACUGUCAUCGGACGAAGAUCUGCCGCCGCCUCCCCCGCCGCCCACGCCCGCGACCACUGCGCCUCCCGCGGCUUCCUUCCCUGCCCCCUCGCUGCCCUCCCGCCGCUCCUCUUUGUCAGACGCAAUGGGGAAAGCAUCAGCGGCAGCGGGAGCUGCGGGGAGGAGGGACGCGGCGAUGGGAACGGGGAGGGACACGGGAGGGAUCACGGCAACGACUAUCAGCGGUUUCGUCGUGCCGGCAGCAGCACCGGCGGCAGCAAUGGCGGAAACAGGAGCAGCAUUGGAUAUGAACCACCCGCCCCCGCCGCCGCCGCCCACGCCAGCGGCACAAGCGAGGCGAUCGUUCACCACCACCCGAGGAUUCGCUGUGCCUGACUCUCGUGUUGCUGCUGGUGCCAGCUCCGCCGCGGCGGGCCGUGGUGAUUGGCCAGUUACAUCUGCUGCCGCGGCGCCGUCCAGCUCUUUUGUUGUCACUCCCGCUGCUGUCACUGCCGCCGUGGCAGCCUCGGCUCGAGACACGUGGUUCCUCCCGUCCGCUGCCGCUGCGGCUGCAGCCGCCGCCACGGCUGCUGCGGCGGCCGCGGCAGCGUCAGCAGCUGCUGGUUCCGGCGCAGCGGCAGCGGAGGAGGAGGAGGCGGGGAUGGCGCGAGUGGUGGGGUUUUCCGGUAGAUCCAGCGGUAGCUUUCGGUUGGAUAGAUCCUCCAGUCGCGAGGGAGGCGGGGCUGUCGCCGCCGGUCUAGCCGCACUGGUAUCGGAGUCGUUAGGUGGUCGUCCGGAAUUCGACUCGAUGGGAGCGGGGUCGCACGUGUUCGCACAGCUAAAUGAGGAGGAGGAGGAUUUGGAGAAAGCGGAAGGGGGAGCAGAGGCAGACGCGGAGGACGACGGAGUGCAGGCGGCGGGGACGGAGGAUGACGGGUACGAGGAGGCGGAAGAAGAUGAGGUGCGAGGGAAGGAGUUAAGGGUCUGUUUCCCGACGUCCGCGCCUAAGAUCUCGUUCGGGCUCGGGUGGAACUUCUGCCGCCUUAACACGCGCGGCGGCACUGUCUCUCGCAGCAGCAAGGCGGACGCAGCGGCGGCGGCUGCGGGCGGCGUAGUGGCGGGCAGCAUGGGGAGCUACUUCUCCCGCACGGGCAGCAGCCCCUGCUUCCCCUUCCUGCACACCUCCUCCCCGACCACUCUCCCGCCGCUCCCCUCCAUCUACACCUCCUCGCACUCGCUCAAGUCCGCCGCAGCCGCCGUGGUCGCCGCCGGAAGGGCCGCGUCAGCGCCGUCUCUUGCCUCUGCCGCAGCUGCCGCAUCCCCCGCCGCUGCGUCUCACGUUCCUUCCGCGUCUGCCUUGGGUGGGUUCCCUUCCGCGGCGAGCGUUGGGGUUCUGGCCUCCAGCCUGCCUUCCAGGUUCAGCUCUGGGUUCCCCAACCCACCUGCGGCAGCCGCGGCCGUGCCGGGAAAUAACGCAGCGCGUGUCGAUUCUGUUGCGGUGACACAGGCGGUUCCGUCGCACCCCGUCCUGCCGAGUUCCUCGCCGUUCCUUCCGCGUGCGAGCGUGCAUCUGAGCAAGGAGGUGCGGGGUGCGGAGCAGCAGUGGCAGGGCGAGACCGACGGCCUUGUAUGGGGCCGCAGCAAGCUGAGCAGGGUGGCGGAGGUGGCAGCGAGCGACGCUACAGACUCGGCUGUAGCGGGAGAGGCAACUGACUUGCUGCUGAAGGAGAAGGGAGACGAAAUCUUUGUAUCAGUAUCUGUAGCAGAAGUAACGAAAGAGCCGGUGGUAGAUGAGUUAGAGACAGAAAUCGCCCUACCUGCGCAAGCAGCGGUUGAAGCAGAAUGCGCGUCUGAAGCAGCAACUAACGUCGUGUCUGAGGAGCCAUGCACUGUGGCUCAGGCAGUGCCUCUAGACUCCGCUGCAGAGCAGCAGUUCGUCUCCACUCUAUCCGCGUUAGAAGACGUCUGGCUUGCGGAGAACGUGUCUCUCGGCCUUGCGUGGCCACGCAGCCUCGUGUCUCCCGCUCCACAUACUGACGGAGUCGCGUCGUCCGCAUCUGCCGCCUGCGUUGCGACUACCGCCGCGGUGCCUCCCCCCGUGCUGCACCUCGUGGGCGCAGUGCAGGACGGGUUGCGCGCGGGCGCGCAGCCCGUGCGCGCGUCCGGGGGGCUGGGCGGCGCGUACAUCUUUCGCGACGCGGCGCAGCGCAACGUGGCGAUCGUGAAACCCACGGACGAGGAGCCCCUCGCGCCCAAUAAUCCCAACGGCUAUGUGGGGCGCGCGCUGGGGCAGCCGGGGCUGAAGCGCAGCAUCCGCGUGGGGGAGGCGGGGCUGCGCGAGGUGGCGGCGUUUCUGCUGGACCACGGGGGGUUCGCGGGGGUGCCCGCGACCGCGCUCGUGCUCGCCACGCAUCCCGCGUUCCACGUGAACGCGGCGCCCGCGGGGCCCACGAUGACGCCGUGCGCGUCUGGGAAUGCGGGCGGGCUGUCCAGCGCGUUCUCGUUCGGCGUUGGCGCAAGUGGCGCGACGGCGUCUGCUGCAGCUGCCGCUGUGGCGGGUGCGCGGGGCGCAGGAGGGGGAGGGGAAUGGGGAGAUGGCGGAAGUGGCGGGAAUGGGUGCCGUCGGUUAUGCUCGUUGCAGCGGUUUGAGCCACACGAUUUCGAUGCCAGCGAGCAUGGGACGUCCCGGUUCCCUGUGGCUGCUGUUCACCGUAUAGGCAUCCUCGAUAUCCGCAUGUUCAACACCGAUCGACACUCUGGCAACAUCCUGGUGCGGCAGUUGAGCGUGGAGGAGCGCGAGUGGCGGCAGAGCGACCCGCAGCUGCGCGUGGACGAGGCGGUGCACCUGGUGCCCAUCGACCACGGCUUCUGCCUGCCCGAGUCCCUCGAACCCGCCUACUUCGAAUGGCUGCACUGGCCGCAGGCGUCGCUGCCCUUCUCCCCCGAGGAGCUGGAGUACAUAGCAGCGCUGGACGCGGAGAGGGACGUGGCGCUGCUGCGCGCGCACCUGCCGCUGCUGCGCGAGGGGUGCCUGCGCGUGCUCGUGAUCGCCACCACGCUGCUGCAGCGCGCCGCCGCCGCGGGCAUGACGCUCGCGGGGAUAGGCGCCAUGAUGAGCCGCGAGGUGCGCGGACUGGAGGAGCAGCCGAGCGACCUGGAGCAAGUGUGCGCGGAGGCCUUGGGGGAGAUGAAGCGCGUGCGCAGGGAACUGGGGGAAGCGGAGGGGGAGGGGGAGGCGGAAGGGGAAGGGUGGUGCAGGGAGAGUGGGGCGAUGGGGGACGGGGAAGGGGGUAUUCAGGAAGAGGAGGGGGAGGGGGAGGAGGAGUUAUCAGAGAGUGAGGAAGAGGGUAUUUUCGGGGUUGAUGAGUUUGGGGAGGAGGAUGGAGAGAUAGGUGCAGUGUUGGAAGGAGAGGAAGGGGAGGAAGGGGAAUGGUCGGAUGAGGAAGAGGAGGAGGAGGUGGGAGGGUUGGGAUGCAGGGACGCGGGCAGUGAGACAGGCAGGGAGGCAGAGCGGGACAGCGGCGCAGGUAACGAGGGAGAGGAGGGGAGAGCGGAGGAGGUAGGCAGCUAUGUGAUCCCAGAAUCGCUGUUGUGGAAGAAGGGCGCGCGGUGGGGUGAUACAGACUCAGAGGACGAGGAUGAGGACGAGGAGGAGGAGGAAAAGGAGGAGGAAGAGGAGAAGGAAGCAGAGGGUGCAAGGGAGGGUUGUGAGGAAGGGUUUUCUGAUGUGCACGUAAGCACGGAAGCAGGGGGUUUUGCUGGUAUAGGUGACAGUGUGAGUGGUUUCGAGCAGAGUGACUCAGUGACAGCGGGAGAGGAGCAGUUUGAGUUUGACGAGGAGGCUGAGAUAGUGAGUGCAGGCUCGUCCCCUCCCUCCUCCCUUGCCUCGCCACCCCUUCCUGGCCUUGCUCCUGCAGUCGCUGCUGCACCUGACCUGGAUCCUUCUCCUGUCGCUCCUAUGCUCGCUGCUCGCGACUGCUCGCAUGCAUCUGCCGCAGUGGUGCAUGCUAGCGGGGGUAGUGAGCCGUCUGCUUUCCUGCCGGAGCUGUCGUGCUCCCCCGUGCCUGCAUCAGCCCAGCCUGUCCCUGUGCCUGCCGUGGCCCAUCACUUCAUUGCCAAAUCCACCCGCCUUGGCUCCUCCUACGCCCCUCCUCCCCGCCACCUCGCUCGCCCUCUCUUCCGCAAGCCCAUGACCGCACUGCCUCCCCGCAACCCCGCUCAGCCCUCACACGGUGCAGCACCAGGUGCGCCUGCUGCUGCUCCUCUCCACACUGGUUUCAGUGGGGGCCUGGGUGGACCUGGGGUCGGGGCAAGAGGCCUGGAUGGUGCUGCUGGCAACAGUGGCGGCAGCGGGUCGAACGUAAGGAGGGCAGUUGGGCGUUCCAACCUGGGCAGCAGCAAUGUUAGCGCCAGGGGAGAGGGAGGCGAGGAUGUGAAUGGUGAAGGUACAGCAGGUGGUGAGGUUACCCCUGGGAGGCAGCAGAGGGCUCUGCAACAGAGGCACAGCUCGAAGCAAAGGCGCAGCAGCGGGCAUACCAAGGGCGGUAAGCAGCAUGGCCGGCAGCAGCGGGGACAGGCGCAGGGGGGAGUGGCACGGGAUCCGCGCGGGAGUGCGACAGGGGAUGAGCUGAGUGCGCAGCUGAUGGAGUUGGGGGAGUUGGGUGUUCGGUCAUGGAGUCUGUAUAUGGAGGUGCUGGUGGCUCUGCUCGAUGAUCUUAUUCUCAGGAGGAGCGGCGAGUCUGUUUCCAACCGCCUGCACUUCGGAACUUCGUGCCAGUUUUAG